AUGGAAAAAGUUUUAAGUUAUGAUUAAAUAGUUUAGCAUCUAAUGGAAUUUUGUCAUAAAAGUUAAGACGAAGAAAUGAAUCAGAUAGAAGCUACUAAAAUGUUAAAUUAAAUGAGCAUGUAAAAUGGACAUUAAGAAUUUAAUUAUGAAAUUGCUGUUGAAUUAUUUGAGAGAGUUGCUUCUUAUAAUACUUCCUUAACAAUAUAAACAUUAGGUCAUGUAAUCUAUGAAGCAAAUGAUAUUAUCAUUAAUAAAUACAAUAAUGCAAUGAAUAGAGAAAUGUAUAUGGAAGAGUAGAAAGCCUAUCUAAAAUAAAUCAAACCUUAUGGAAAAAUAACAAAUCUUCACAUUAGCUAUAUAAGAAUACAAGAAUCUUAUGUACAAAGACCUUAUAUAGUUGUUUUAAUUGGAGAAUUCAUACAUGAAAGUGAGAUACAGACAAGGAAGGAUGGUUGGUUUGAAUGGAGUUUAGAUGUUUAGAUUCCAGUGAAAUCUCUUGUUGCAGAUUUAAAAGUUGAAUUAUUAGAAAAUCAUAAUAUUAUUGCAAGUUUGUAAUUACCUUGUGAAGCUUUACCUAUGAAUGAAAUGAAGGAGGCAGAAUUAUAAAUGUAAAAUGUUAAUGUUAAUUGUCAUACAUUAAUUUAAUUAUAAUGUAUGUUGAGUAUUGGUAACAAUUAUAAAGAGUUGAUUGAUGAGAAAAUGUAGUUUCUAGAUAAUCAAACUUAAUUAUGUUAAGAAGAAUUAUUUCUUCUGUAAUCUUAAUUACAUGAAUUAAGCAAACCCUUUUUUAGAGAUGCCAAUAUCUAACCUAAAUACACAAAUAGAUCUCAUCUAAAUACUGAAAUAUUUUAAAAUAUUCCUGAUAAAAGUACUCUCUAACCGCCAUCACUUUAAGCUACAGCUUUUAGAAAUACUUCAUCUGCUCUUGGAUUCAAAAAGAUAGUAAUUGAACCAGAAAGGAAAUUGUAUUCAUAUCCUAUUAUGGCUAGAAUAGAUAUAUUAGCAACAAUAAUAGCAGUAUUUUGUCUAAUCAUAAAUGAUAGGUAAUUUCAAUGAUGAUUAAUUUCAUCACUCCUGAUAUUAGUGUUACUUACAUUAUGAUUAUAUUAUUUUCAAUAAUGUUGAAACACAAAUAUACAUUGAUUUACAUUCUAAUUUUAGUGACCUUUGGAAUCAUAAUUGAAAUUUUUACUUUAAGCUAUUUAGAUUUAAGCAUAUUUGCAAUUUUAUUAAUAGUAUUGAAUAUGUUAUUAAGUUUUGGAUUACUCCUUCUUACAGGAUUAUUAUUAAAUGAUAUAGAAAAUGUGUCUAUACUUAAAUCUAAGCUUUUACUACCAUUGUGA